AUGCGCUGGGGCUCUUCUCCAUGGUCCCUGUCCCUGUCCCUGUCCCUGGGUGGGGCCUUGCUGCUUUUGGGCCAGCUCGGGGUCGUCUUAGCGGAUAUCCCUAUUGAGGCGACGAACAAGGAAUCCCUCAAAGAAGCCGGCAAGACCAUCACCGGCCCCAUGUGGGAAUUCUACCUGGCCAACCAGACCGAGGGCAUCCCCGGUAAACUGACAGACACCUGGUAUGUCGCCGGCGCGAUGUUCAUGACCAUGAUCCAGUUCUGGCAUGUCUCCGGGUACAACGAGCACAAUUCCGUGGUCUCGCACGAUCUGAUGUUCCAGGCUGGCCGGAACUACGACUACUUUGACUCGAAUUACAGUCAGUGGCUGGGCAACGACGACCAAAUGUUCUGGGGUCUCGCGGCCAUAACCGCCUCAGAAACGGGGUUCCCAGAAGUAAGCAACAAGCCGACGUGGACCUCUCUCGCGCGCGCCGUCUUCACAAUGCAAGUGAACCGGUGGGACGAGCGCGCCUGCGACGGCGGCAUCACCUGGCAGAUCCACCCCUGGCAAGCCGGGUACACACUGCGCAACUCAAUCUCGAACGGCGGGUUAUUCCAGCUCGCUGCACGACUAGGCCGUUUCACGAACAACCAGACGUAUUUCGACUGGGCCGAGAAGAUCUGGGACUGGUCUGCGGCCUCGCCCCUGAUUCGGACGAGCGACUGGCGCGUGGCGGAUAGUACGUCCGGCUCGAACGAUUGCAUUGACGCGGGGCUCAUGCAGUGGAGUUAUAACUACGGUACAUAUAUCGCCGGCGCAGCGUACAUGUAUAAUGCCACGGGGGACGCAAAAUGGGCGAAUCGCACGGAGGGUCUGCUGGAUCAUCUGCUGGGGUACUUCUUCCCCUCGGACGCGAGCAAGGGGUAUAACGGCGUUGUGUUCUCGGAUGUAGCCUGUGAGCCUUUGCACACGUGCGACCGGAACAUGCUCAACUUCAAGGGGUGGAGCUCGAUGUGGAUAGCCAUGGCAGCGAUACUGGUCCCUGAGCUCCGCGACAAAGUCAUGCCCAAGUUGCAGGGUUCCGCAGCGGCCAUUGGACGGUCCUGUGACGGCUCUUCAGAUGGAAAGAACAACCUCUGCGGCUCGCGCUGGUACCAGGAUACGUGGGAUGGGAUCCAGGGACUUGAGGUGCAGCAGGCGGCGCUGGGCGGGAUCACGGCGAAUCUGAUGCUGCUGAAUGAUGCGGCGGCCAAGACAAUCGAUUCGAAUCCCAAUGCCAAGGAGCAGUUCCUCGACACGUAUAAUGACGAUACGCCCGAUGCGCUGCCGCAUAUCACCACUGGAGACAGAGUGGGGAGUUGGAUUUUGACUGUGCUUUGGGGGGGUGGGAUUAUUGCUGCGGGGUGGUGGUUGGUUAAGCAGCAGUGA